AUGUGGCGAGAGUGCGUAGCCAAUGAGUAUAUAUCUUCACAUAAUAACUCGGAGCGGCACACGUCUGAUUCUGAGGAAGAUGGAUCGCGGAGAGGGUUGUCCGAGAUGCGGCAGAAUGUGGCGGUGAUUGUCAAGGCGGAACAAGCGCCUGCGAGAGUGCGGGUAGGCGCGCGUCGGCAUGACGCGCGUCUCUGCCGGCUCUCCACUGCCACUAAGUCUCGACGUUCUUUGCAUAGUAGCGGCGUUACAAUCAGCCUGCGAGUUGCGCGCUUUGGCGUUUUCCCUCAUACCGUCGACAAUAUAAUGUCAUUGGCACAGAGCGCAAAACGCGGUGUACGCAUCAUCGCGCUCCCACUCGCGACAUCCGCAGCGCCGGCGCACAAGGCCUCGCAUCAUCUCACGUACUACCAUUUCGUCACUCCACCCCCACACGAAAGCAACGCGCAGAGCUGGAGCAGCUUGAUUACUACGAAAGCAGCACGCCUCUGGGCAGAGCUCGGGAACGCGCCGGAGGGCAACUGGAAGCGGAGAGCGUUCCUCUACGGUGAACGGUUUAUCGACCGCAUAGACUUCGAAGAACUCGCCCUCAAGUCUUUUGACACGUCCUUGGGCCCAAAGCUCCUUCCGGUUGGGCACACUGAUAAAUUUGAUGCAAAUGGCCAUCCAACGAUUCCUCUCAUUUACCCACCUUCAGCGUGUACCUCGCCACUGGCGCACCUGCACGCCCUGCUUGAGAAACGCACCCCACGACAUCGGAACGGCUGCCUCAUCUGGACCGCCAUCUCCCCGCUCACUGCUCCCCUCAAGCUCAUCCGUGCGUUUCCUGUCUCUUUUCGCCUCUAA